AUAAUAAAUUGUGAUUUUUAUUUAACAUGCACAUGUUUUAUCAUGUAUAUAUGUGUAUAUAUAUAUUUCAGCUUUUAUAAUAACGAUUAUGGAAAGAAAAAAAUUCGCUACGAGAUGGUGUAUAAUAGGAGUUUUGAAAUAUAAUUUUGUAACAAGACAUGGUUACAAGUUUUUAAAACAAAAUGUUACUUGAAUAUGAGUUGUAUAGCUAAAAUGAUAAUAUGAGCAGUUAGUUUCUUUAAUUCACAGCAAAGGUGGACAGGGCUUAUAGUUAUAAUAACACACUUAAGUGUUUGAAAAAUCAAUCGACAUCUUUACUUAAUUAAGAAAAAAACUUAAAACAACUAAUUAACAUCCUAAAAAUAUAAUUUUGUAACAACACAUGGUUACAAGUUUUUAAAAUAAAAUGUUACUUGAAUAUGUGUUGUAUAAGCUAAAAAUGAUAAUAUGAGCAGUUAGUUUCUUUAAUUCACAGCAAAUAGUUGCCUAGGUGGACAGGACUUAUAACACACUUAAGUGUUUGAAAAAUCAAUCGACAUCUUUACUUAAUUAAGAAAAAGAACUUAAAACAACUAAUUAACAUCCUAACAACUACUGGCUUCCAGAAUCUGGUAAAACUUUUUACUAUAUAAAUCAUAUCGAUCUAUCCAAAAUUUUUACUAAAUCAUAUUUGCUUCAGAACACAAUAAACAAAACUAUACACUGAAUUACACAUUCAUGGUACUUAUGGCUGCUCAAGGGUUAAAUAAAAUUUAUAGGGCAUUCAUGAUUGUAACUUUAUUUACAAUGAUUUGUUCGAUAAAAGUCUCCGAUUCAGUCCCAAGAGCUGUGUGUAUAAAAGAUUGUGUCAUAAAUCAAUGCAUGAAAGCAUCAAAAAAAGCAACUCCAGCAGUUUGUGACAACCCGUGCAAGAUCAUUUGUGAUCCAAUGAAUAAUGAGCUAUACAUGGUCCCUGGUGAAGGUUAUCGUAAUCCUGUAAAAAGGUUUUGUGAAAAAUUUAGUUGGAUAUGUCAGUAACAUAAUUUUUUUUUACAAAAAGCCUGGAAAAUUAAGCGUGUAAUUUAUUUUAAUGCAUAUUUAUAUGUUGUACUCCCUCUAUUUCAGAAUAAUAUAUAUUUUGAAAUUUUCAUAUUUUUUAAUAAACUAUAUUAAAACUUAAUUAUAAAUACAGAAUUUCUGUAAUUUUAUAUUUUCUAUAUUUUAAAACCAAUAAAAUUUUGUAAAAUGUAAUCAAUGUUUUUGAACUUCAAAAUUUUUCAUUAUUAGUUGAUAAAGUUUGCAUUGAAAAUAUAAAAAAUAUAUCUUUUUAAAACAAUUUUUUCUCUAAAACAUGAAAUAUUUUUAAAACGAAAAAGUAUUAUUUUAGCGUGUAGUUUGUUUUUAAUGCAUAAGUUACAGGCACUUAUCAAAGGGGAAGACGAGUCAGCGUAAAGUUACGU